GCUAAUAUCUUUCUUCUUUCUCACAAAUCAUUUUGCAUUCUUCACUCAUUUCCCUCUCAACCAACACUCUUUUCUCUUUCACCGUUAUCUUAUCUUUCCUUAAAGUUUUCAUCUUUGUUUCAAUUUUUGUGACCCACCAUUUUCAUAUUUUAUUGGGCAUUAAGCAUUUUGAUUAACUCUUGCUCAAACGGAUUUUCGCUGGAAAUCAACUUUAAAGAAUCUCAAAACAAUAAUUGGUAGAAAAAAUGAUGAUGAAGUUUGAAAGAGAACCUUUAUACCUAUAUAUCAUGUGAAGGGUGUGAAUGUGAUUGAAUUGUUUCCUGUUGAAGUUGAAACAUAGGGUCCCAAGAUACUAUUUGUGUAAUGGAAUCUUUGGUAGAGUUUCUAUUUUUCUAAGUUUUUUUUGGUAGUAGAGCCAACUAGUUGAAUAAUGGAUCCAAAAACACACACACUACUUUACCUUUUUUGAAGAUGUUUCUUUUCAACUAUUUUGACUUGGCUUGGUGAUUUGAACCUUGAAGGCACAAAAAGCAACGCUAGUGAGUUAAACAGUGUUGUGCUGUGCUUUACAUAUUGUUGAGUUUUAUAAAGAUUGAGGUGGAUUUUGAACUUGGAGAGGGGGCUGCUACAAGUGUAGGAACAUCUUGCUUUCUGAGCCACAAAAAGGGUAUCUGAUUCUUCACUGAUUUGAUACUACUUUAGGAUUUGUACUUGCAGAAUCACUCUUAUUGGUGAUAAAUAAAGAAACAAGAUUCUGUGAACGUUAAAGGAGGUUAUUUUUGAAAAAACUUGAAGAAUGUGAGAUAAAUAAGGUUUGAAUUUGGUUACAAGACUUUAUUGUUGUGUGGUGAAAUAUACAAAUACAAGCAUGUUGGUGAUAAAUGAUAAUUGUAGGGUCGGGUGAGGUAUUGAAAGUCUUCUUGUGUUUUUCUUAACUUUGUCUUAUAUUGGAAUUGGGAGUGUAUAUCUUCUAUCAUACAUGGUUUUUGAGACUUGAAUUGAGAGUUAAAACUUUUGAGCAAAGUAGUUUUUGUGGCGUUGCUAUCGGUUGCGAUGAGUCGAGAGCAGUCAAAGCGAGGGAAGCAAGAGAAAGGUUGUGAUGGUGGUGAGAAGGUUAUUGUUGCUGUUAAGGCAUCGAAGGAAAUUCCAAAGACUGCUCUUGUUUGGUCCUUGACUCAUGUUGUUCAGCCUGGAGAUUGCAUUACAUUGCUAGUGGUUGUUCCUUCACAGAGUUCAGGUAGAAGAUUAUGGGGUUUUCCUAGAUUUGCUGGUGACUGUGCCGGUGGUAUGAAGAAGUACCCUCCAGGAACAAUUUUAGAGCAGAAAAGUGAUAUCAACGAUUCUUGCUCUCAGAUGAUCCUUCAGCUCCAUGAUGUCUAUGAUCCAAAUAAGAUAAAUGUCAGGAUUAAAAUUGUUGCCGGAUCACCUUGUGGAGCAGUGGCUGCAGAAGCCAAGAAAGGACUAGCCAGUUGGGUUGUAUUAGACAAACACCUCAAACAUGAAGAAAAGAGAUGCAUGGAAGAGCUGCAGUGUAACAUUGUUGUUAUGAAGCGUUCUCAACCGAAAGUGCUUCGCUUGAACUUGAUCGGACCACAAAAGAAGGAUGAUGAAGCAGGUACAUCACCUUCUAAGCAAGAUGGUAUGCUUGAAAAGCAAACCAAAAAGAAGAUUGAUUCUUUAAUAGAUUCUAUCAAAGGACCAAAUGUUACUCCAACUAGCAGCCCUGAGCUAGGGACACCAUUCACUGCCACUGACGCCGCUACUUCAUCGGCUUCAAGCUCUGAUCCUGGAACUUCACCAUUCUUUGUAUCAGAGAUGAAUGGCGAGUCAAAGAAAGAGGAAACCAUUAAGGAAAGUCAAGAACUUUGUGACACUAAUUCGGAUACCGAAAGUGAAAGCCUGUCCACAUCUUCAGCUAGCUUUAGAUACCAGCCGUGGAUCACUGAAUUGCUUUUACAUCAACAAUCAUCUCAACGCAACGAAGAAAUAUCCGAGACGUAUCACGGUAUGCCUCAAGCAACUACAACCAAAGCUUUGCUAGAAAAGUUUUCUAGACUUGAUAGAGAAGCUGGAAUUGAAAUGUCGUCAGCAUAUAGAAACGACACAGAUUUCAGCGGUAAUUUAAGAGAAGCGAUAGCAUUUUCAGGAAAUGUUCCACCUGGUCCACCUCCACUGUGUUCAAUAUGUCAACACAAGGCACCUAUUUUUGGAAAACCUCCAAGAUGGUUCAACUAUGCUGAGUUGGAACUCGCUACUGGUGGAUUUUCGCAAGCAAACUUCUUGGCAGAAGGAGGGUUUGGCUCUGUUCAUAGAGGGGUUCUACCAGAAGGACAAGUCAUUGCUGUCAAGCAACAUAAAUUGGCUAGUUCUCAAGGUGAUGUUGAGUUUUGUUCUGAAGUAGAAGUUCUGAGCUGCGCUCAGCACCGAAACGUUGUUAUGCUGAUUGGGUUCUGUAUAGAGGAUAAGAGAAGGCUACUGGUUUAUGAGUACAUAUGCAAUGGAUCAUUGGAUUCACAUUUAUAUGGGCGACAAAGGAAUCCUUUAGAAUGGUCUGCUAGGCAAAAAAUUGCUGUUGGAGCUGCUCGAGGGCUAAGGUAUCUUCAUGAAGAGUGCAGAGUAGGUUGUAUCAUCCACCGUGACAUGAGGCCAAACAACAUACUCAUCACUCAUGAUUUUGAACCUCUGGUUGGUGAUUUUGGACUGGCAAGGUGGCAGCCUGACGGAGACAUGGGUGUGGAUACUAGAGUAAUUGGAACAUUUGGGUAUUUGGCUCCUGAAUAUGCUCAAAGUGGUCAAAUCACAGAAAAAGCUGAUGUUUAUUCUUUUGGAGUGGUAUUGGUGGAGCUUGUUACCGGUAGAAAAGCUGUUGAUCUCACUAGGCCAAAGGGACAGCAGUGCCUUACUGAGUGGGCAAGACCACUGUUAGAAGACUAUGCCAUUGAUGAACUUAUUGACCCUAGGCUGGAAGGUCAAUAUUUAGAACACGAGGUCUAUUGCAUGCUACAUGCUGCUUCAUUAUGCAUAAGGAGAGAUCCUCAUUCUAGACCACGCAUGUCACAGGUUCUCCGAAUUCUAGAGGGUGACAUGGUGAUGGACACAAACUACAUUUCAACUCCAAGCUAUGAUGUUGGAAACAGGAGUGGUCGCAUAUGGUCAGAGCCACUGCAGCAGAGACAGAACCAUUACAGUGGUCCCCUCUUAGAAGAUUCAUUGCCAUUGGAGUCAUUUAGUGGAAAGCUAUCUCUUGAAAAGUACAAGCCUGCUUCCUAUUGGGAUAGGUGUAGUAGUAGAGACAAACCAAGGAGGGCCUCAUGUGAAGAUGAUGUUUGAAUUGAUUGAUCAUGAAAUUUGCAUUCUUGUUUUGCUAAAUAUGUUUUUGACGUUGCCUCUCCUAUUUUUUGUUGUUUUUCUUUCUUUCUAUCUUUCUGCAUUAUUAUUAAGAUCUAAUUUUGUAUGUGUAUAGCUGAAUGAACGUUUUAUGAGUAAAUAUAGAAGCUUUUGAAUUUUUUGUAAGCGAAAUUAUGUAAACUACUGCCUCCAUGAACUUGGCUAGACUUGAUUGAGAGAUUUCUAUUGUCUACAAAUGAAUGAAAUUGAAAUAGCUUCUUGUAA